AGCCUGCAGCUAGUGCGCAUGUCAGGACUCAGCAAGAAGCUGUUAAUCAACUGUAACCUGUGAACUACCAGAGCUCUCAUCUCUCUUCAGUCUUUACUCUCAGUGUGUUUGUUUAUCUUGGAGAUGUUCGCUUUCAGAGGACUGUAUCACAGGUUCUCCCACCUGGCAAAGGUUGCUGCACAAAAGCAAUUCAGGAAAUAUGACAAAUGGUGCAGCAUGGCCACUACUGGCAUCAUGGUGGACAAGAAGAGCCAGGCUGUGUCAGACGGAGAGUUGAACAUGUUUGCACGGGGUGGUGGCGGCAGCAGCUCCAGCCUUCCAGGGACUCCGGGCGGAGAGGCCGGCCCGGCCAGCAGCGUGCUGAGCUGGGCCGUCUCGUUUGAGAAGCUGCUGGAGGACCCCGCUGGAGUCCGCCAGUUUACGGCCUUCUUGAUGUCUGAGGUGAGUGCGGAGAACAUUUUAUUCUGGCAAGCUAGUGAAAAGUUCAGGAAGAUCCCGGCCGGCUCCUUGGACGAGCUGAAAAUAGCAGCUCGCUCCAUCUACAACACCUACCUGUCCGACAGCGCUCCCUACUCGGUCAACAUCGACGACACAGCCAAGACAGAGGAGAAGGACCUGGUACAGCCCACACCUGACAUGUUUGACAAGGCUCAAGCACAGAUAUUUAAACUGAUGAAGAUGGACAGCUACAGGCGCUUUGUGCGCUCUCCUCUCUACCAACGUUGCACCUUGGCGAGCGUAGAAGGUAAACUUCUAACUCAGCUCUCUACAGAGAAGGUCCGCUUAGGAUCCUUGGAGGACGUGGCCACCAGAAGCCCCGUAAGUGACAAAAAGAAUAAGCUGUCGGACUCCAACAGUUUGCCAGGUGGCAAGAGUGCCUCGGAGAAACAGCGACAGAAAAGAGAAUCCUGGGGAGAGUCCCACAUGUCGGUGAAGUCGACCAGCAGUGUGGAGCUCGGCUCCCUCUUCAGGCAGAUCGAGAACGGCAGAUCGAGUCCCCGGCCUCCAGAGCAGGGUAGUGGAGGUGGAGGUGGGAGUCGGAUCGGGGUGGAGGGGGGUUACUGCUGUGUCUACCUGCCCGACGGCAGUGCCUCCCUGGCCCCCACACGUAAUGGGCAACCCAUCAAAGACAUGCUGGCCAGCCUGUGUGAGAAGAGGGGCUUCCCUCUGAAAGAUGUCAUCAUCUACCUUCACGGCAAGGACAAGCAACCCUUAUCGCUGGACCAGGACUGCUCCGUACUGAGAGAUCAGCAGGUCUCUCUGGAGCUCAGGGUGAUGUUUGCGCUGGAGAUCGCCCUCACUGGUAAGACGGUGGGGAUCAUGGUGAAGUCCAGUAAGACGCUGCAGGACGCCCUCUCUGCCGUGCUGCAGAAGCACCACCUCAAGCCACAAGAGGCCGUGGUCACCAUGGUUGGAAGCGACGAGCCUGUGAACAUGACCGGCACUGUGUUCAGACUGGCCAAUAAGACGCUACGGCUCGACAGAACCAAAGGAAGAGACCAGACGAACCUUUCCAGAGGCAGUAGUUCUGCGGCAGCCACACAGGCAGCAGCGGUGAGCACAGCGUGGAUGGAGGCCCGAGCCAAGACUCAUCACAAGCCCAGUAAGAACCGCGAAAUGGACGGGCUUCUGGACCUGCUGACGAGAGCUCAGUCCUGCAGGGUCGAUGACCAGCGAGGCCUUUUGACCAAAGAGCAGCUGGAGAUCCCUCAGUUCCUGCAGCUGAUCUCAGACCAGGGACAGGACGCAGAGCCGGACCAAACCAGUACAACCAGCUCCUCCGCUGCAGCAGACUCCAAAGAGACGUCAAGUUCAGCUGGAGCAGCGGUGGAGGAAACCCCGGACUCUGCUGAAUCUAAAGCCAAAGACGUAAGGGAAACGGCAGUUUGAAAGACUUUGAUGUGUGUGUGUGUGUGGGAUGGACAAAGACACAAUCUGAAACUACAACAAACAUCUCACAACCUCAUGAGACCAGUCAUGUCAAAAAGACGGUGGAAAUUAGUUGAAGCACUUUUUAAUUAUUGUUUACAAAUAAGCUCUGAGAUUAGCGGUGUGCGACCAGCGGUGUGCGACCAGCGGUGUGCGACCAGCGGUGUGCGACCAGCUCUGCUACUGAUCAUCAUGGAAAGAAGAAGAAGAAGAAGAAGAAAGAUCAUGGCAAACAUUCAAAACACUACACAUGUUAAUGGGAAGAAUGUUUGCUAUGAAUUGUUUUCCAAAAAUGUUUCUUGAAAAGAAGUUUUAUGAGCUCAAACAUUUGACCCUGAAGCCGACGCGUUUGCUUUAGUGCUCCCUGAUGUUGAACGCUGUACAGUUUGCAGCUCACUUUGCUUUAAUAUCUCACAUUCAUCAGUCAGGCUUUUCUUUGACUCUAAGCAAAAACAUGUUUCUGCACAGGACUGUCCAGAAGGGGGGUUUCAAGUGUAUUGCACUUUUUGUUUCCUUAACUGUAUUUGAAUUAAGAUUAUUGAAUGUUUUUUAAUAUUUUAAAUUCCUUAAUUUGUGUGCUCACUUGCUGUUUUACAAACGUGUGUGUGUUUUGCAGUUCUUAAUUGCCUUUUUUUUGUUUACUGUAAUGGCACUUUUGAGAAAGCCCUGGUCAAGUCCUGUUUUCCUGUUUUCAACUACCAUUACUCAGGGUCCAGAUUCAUGAAUUAGUAAUAAUGUGAUAUUACAGGGGGAAUGAAUCAGAUGAUGUGAUCAUCAAAAUAUAAAUAUACCCCCCCACUGGGUGAGCCAAAUAAUUAAAGUGUUUUUAUGAUGAGCUGG